GAUUCCGCGCUGACCCUGACGCAGCGAGUGCGGCGCCAUGGACGGUCGGGUUCAGCUGAUGAAGGUCCUCCUGGCCCGGCCUCUCCUGCCCGCGGCGCGUCGCUGGAGGAACCCGAUUCCCUUUCCCGAGACGUUUGACGGCGAUACCGACCGGCUCCCGGAGUUCAUCGUGCAGACGGGCUCCUACAUGUUCGUGGACGAGAACACGUUCUCCAACGACGCCCUGAAGGUGACGUUCCUCAUCACCCGCCUCACGGGGCCCGCCCUGCAGUGGGUGAUCCCCUACAUCAAGAAGCAGAGCCCCCUCCUCCGUGAUUACCGGGGCUUCCUGGCAGAGAUGAAGCGGGUCUUUGGAUGGGAGGAGGACGAGGACUUCUAGGCCUGGAGACCCUCGAGCCUGGGGGCGGGAGCUCUGGAGACUGUCCGCUGUGCCAGGUGGCCAGUGCGAGGGUCUCCUCGCGCGCCCUCCCUCCGCACCUCCCCCCACCUCCGGCCGCCGCAAUGUCCCCUACGCCCCUGUCCGUACCAGUAUAGUGCUUGCCUUUGUUCCAGGAAUAGUGUUCCAGGCUCCCGCUGCCGCCCCUGAGCCCUACUCUGGAGAGAGCCACCGCCGCCCUCUGUAGUCAGCCCAGCCCCUCCCAUGCAUAUUUGGACGCUGUCCUGCGCUCCAGCCGCACAAAGCUGGGCUCCUGUUACACACUGGACAGACCACCCACAGCUGCCGCUGCCAACCCCCCUCCACUCCUCCAGACUGCCAGAUGACUACAUCACUCUGCCCACAGACCAUCGCCAUCCACCGCAUCCCACCGACAGACUGCUGCACCUGGUGACCUGGACUCACCUCAGAGGUAUCUGAGCUGGCCACAGCCCCUGGACAAUGAUCCAGACAGCUGGCUGCCCCGCAAGGGGCCUGUCACCUUCAGUGAGACCCAUUUCCUCCCCAUCCCCAGAGGCCUCUGUGUUCCUGCCACAUGGCUGCCAGGGCUCAGGGGUGCCUGGCAACCAAAUCAAAUCUCUCAUUUUCUCCUGUGGACCAGUUAGUUUACCUGGAAUCCUGUUUUCUUCUGAGCUUGCAGCUGUCUCUCUGAUGGGUGCCUUUUGUUCAACACAGUAACCCCUGCUCCCUGCCCUGCUCUAAUACACUACCUGUACAAAGCUCUUUUCCUUAUUUUUAAUAAAUGUCAGACAUUAUUAAAAAA